GAUCGCGACAAAAUAUAUGAGACACCGUUAUUCCAUUUGAGAGACGGUAUCCUCAUCGUUCAAAAUGACUUCAACUCAACAGUCUGUUGGUCACAACAACCACAUCAAGAAUAUAGCUAUCGUUGGAGCGAGCGGUAGAAUCGGGAAACAAAUCGCCAAAGCUCUCCUCGCCAAAAGUAGCUUUGAAAUCACCGCCAUCACACAACAAGGAUCAAACAGUGUCUUCUUUCCAGGCAUUCGCGCCGUUCCUAUCGACUACGAUGAUCCUUCCACGAUCGUUGAAGCCCUGAAAGGUCAAGAUGCACUCAUCAUCACCCUCAGUAUCUUCGCCUCCAAGGACACACAAGCCAAGCUGAUACGCGCCGCUGCUGAUGCUGGCGUGCCUUACAUCAUGCCGAACGAGUUCGGGAUGGGCAACACAACUGAGGCACAGCUUGAGACGGUCGGGCCCGGAAAAGAAAAAGACAGAGAACUCAUCGAAUCCUUGGGCGUCUCAUCGUGGAUCGGAUUGACCUGCGGUUUCUGGUACGAACACUCUCUCUCCGGCCCCGGACUAUACGGUAUUGAUAUUGCAAAACGCGAGGUCGUGUUCUUCGACGAUGGUUUGCAGCGUCUGAAUACAUCGACAUGGGCGCAGGUGGGUCGUGGGGUCGCGGAGUUGCUGUCGCUGCCUGUAUUGCCUCAGGACGAACAAGACAAGAGCUUGACAUUGAGCGCAUAUCGCAAUCACAUGGUCUAUAUAUCGUCUUUCGCGAUCAGCCAGCGCGAUAUGUUCGCGUCGCUCAAGAGGGUAACUGGUACCGACGAUGUGGACUGGACUAUCUCUUCCGUCCCCGCGAAGCAACGAUUUCUUGAAGCGAGGGAGAAGUUAAAGGAAGGGGAUCGCAGCGCAUUCGGGAUCUUUUUGUACACUAGGUAUUUCUUUCCUGGAGAGGACGCGGGUUUUUUCGAAGUCUCGCGUGGGUUGGAUAACGAGAAGUUGGGGCUCCCGAAAGAAGAUCUCGAUGAGGCGACAAGAGAGGCAAUCAGACUAAAUCAGACUGAUUACUGGAACGGUUACGGUAAGCCUUAGACAUAGGUGGUUAAUAGUCGGUCAAGUGAUACUCGAUACUGAGGUUUGCUAAAUCUGAGUCUUGCAUUGAAACGCUUCGAAUGUGUACCUCAAUCAACAGUAAGGUACCAAUAUAUAACUUGGAAAUUUCUGCAUAAU